GCCUUCAUCGUAGGAAAACAGCUAAAAGGCGUAUUUUGUGUAAAAUAGAACAAUAGUAUUUCAAAUAUACCCAAAGUGUACUUUUCGGCGUUGCAUUAUAUGAGGCUGAACAUGGUGUUGCAAAACCGACAUAAAUGGAUUUCCUCCUGGGGCUUUGCGAUUUCACUGCUGUUUCUGAACGUUGUCCUUUGCGAUGAGCCCAGCAAAUUGCAACGAAAACUGACAGCAACAUUGAAUCCGGGAUGCAGAGAUAUCUGCGAAAAUAAUAAAGCUAUCACAUUGGUGCAUAUUGCGGCCGCAUCCGACACGGACACGAUCCAUUACGUGUGGGAUUUUACGGGUAAACCAACCAUUAUGGUAGCAUUAACGAGCAAACAGGCCGAAUUUCACAUCGAUUGGCCUAGAUUGAUUGACAGCAAACCGGGUUCUGCUUACUUUACCGAAGUUCCACAAUACACCUUUAUGGCGAUUAUCAACCGGAUUUUCCAGUACGAUGACGCUCAUGAUCGUGCGAUGUUGGACGAUGAUGCGAAUGUAUUUGUGUACGAUCCGCAUAAUUUCACGUGGAACCGCAGCCUGCUGUGGUCGAACGAACAGGACGCUAUGAUGGCAAUCAAUGCGGGUGAUGAUUUUCUUUUCAAGUUAAAUGCAUACUCAACGAAAGACCACGGCAUGGACUUUCCGCAUUUGCUGCACACGUCGAACUCUACCCAGAUAGACAUAGUGUUUAACAACAUAACGAACCGUUACGCCAAUCCACGCUUUGCGAUCGAGCUACUAUUUGUCGUGUCGGAACAAGCCGUCGUCGGGUCGGAAUUCGAGGUUACGAAGCGUAAAACGCUGGAUGACGAACAUACGCCCGGUAUUUUCGAAAUCGUCGACGUACUGUCACCGGGCGCUUUCACCUUCUCGGCCGGUGGGUUCAUUGAAUACCGACCCGUGUCAUACACUCACCCCGAACGUGAUGUGGCCACAUCGACAGAAACGCGUCAAAGUCAGCCGGUUACUGUACGGUCACCAUCGGCAGCACUGCAAACCACGCUGGCCUACGCGCUGUACGGUACGAAGCUGGACAGCUACCUGGUGCAGGGCAUGAAUGUUUCAUUCGGCGUGAGCGAGGAUGGGUUCUACCGCAAAACGAACUACACCACCAUGACGUUCCAGGUCGGUUACGGUAUGCCACCGGUAGAGGAGUUGUCCGCAUUCGUGCUGAUUGUGGCUGGUAUCGGUAUCGGGGUACCGUUGGUCGUGUUGGUCGUGAGCAUCAUUUAUGUUUGCGUCAAGAAACUUCGCAAUCGGGACCGAUUUCAGCAACAGCGACUGUAAUGGUCCUAUGGUGAGACGGGCGAAUUUAUGCUAAAAAGAUCUCUCAUUCCUUGAUGCUUGCUUCUCCGAGCCAGCAACUAGCAACGCACACACGGACACAAACCCGUGGCACUGUAGCUGUACGGCGUGUGGUAAUAGCGAAUUUUAUUAAACCGAACCCUUUCAUAGAGUGUUGUAUAGCUGUGUUAUUAAAAUAAAAUUGUCUAAUUUUAUAGCAAAACUAG